UGGAUGACAAAAGUGGUCAUCAUCGAACCACGAUGGACGAACCAGGCCUACAUAUAGAAAUAUAGAUCUAUAGGUCAGUGAACGAGCGGCCGGAAUUGAACCUAAAAUAAAAGCAAACAUGGCUGAUGUGUGGCAUAAACAAACCAAGUCAACAUCAGCUGGCUCAGCAGUAUUAGACAUGGACAUGGAGGAGCUCAAUGACAGACAAAGUGACUUGUCAGAUUAUGAAGAUCAAAGAGAACCAAAAGAAAGAAAAAACUUAGCUGAUGACUUAAAGGAAAGAAUGAAAGAAAAUGUCACACAAAUGGUUUGGCAAGCUGGUACUCAGAGUGCAAAAAGAGCUUGGACACUUUAUGGCAAUAUUGACAUUCUACGACCAUAUUUUGAUGUAGAACCUAUGGAAGUUCAGAAAAGGUUAUUGUAUUCUUUAAUCCCCAUCAAACCAUCUGAUCAACGCCAGCAAGUUCCCAAAGAGUUAUAUGGACCAUCUAUGGUUGUACUGACAUUAAUAGCCAUUCUUCUUUAUCAGAUGAAAACUGCACAACACAAAGUGGAAGAAGGAACAUUAAUAGGCUCUGCAAUAGGCGUGUGCUUCAUGUACUGGUUUGGUGCUUCAUGCAUCAUUUGGUUCCUUGCCUACACUUGUAAUGUUCGUAUUGCCAUGUUACAAAUCCUCUCCAUGAUGGGCUAUGCUUUAUUUGGGCACUGCAUCGUUUUAUUCCUUGCCACAGUUAUUCAUGUUGGACAUGACCAUUUAUUUUUCUACAGCAUGUGGGCCAUUAUAGGAGGACUUUCCACACUUAAAAUGGCCACUAUCAUAAUGUCAAGAUCAAGAGGCAAGACUGAACGCCUGAUUGUCAUUGGAACUAUUGCAGCACUACACCUGUUAUUUUUGUUGUACCUACACUUUGCUUAUCACACAAUUGUUGAGGAAAUUUCUGAUGCUUUAAAUGAAAGAUUGGUUCCAGUCCCUGUUCAACAAGAACAAGUCACAGAAAAGGUUGCACAGGAAAUACAUGAAAGUGUUUUUCCCAAAAUUUUACCAACUUUAAAGAACUUGGAUGAUAUUGUUCCAGUGACUGUCAAAGUGCUGUUAAAUGAAACAAAGAAUGAUGUAGAUAUCAUGAAUAGAGCUUCUCAGUAAUAUCUGUUGGAAAAUUAGUUUGUAUUUCAUGAAGAAUAACUAGCUCUGGUCCAUCUGCUAAGAAGUCAGAUGUUGGGGUCAUUUUUGUUUUGGGGAAUACAUUUAAGGUUUUAUUUUAAAAUUUAAACUUAAUGCUCACAAGUUAUAAUUUUGAAUUAUUUGUUGUAUAAUUUUUUUAUUUAAAUAAAUCAAGUUUCUAUUCAAAACGAGGUGUGCUAUGUCUCAUUAACUUGAAAAAGGCUUAAAACUUAACAUGCCCAAAGUGAAUCAUUGAUUCUUAUCAUUGGUCUAAACAGAAUGAAAGCAUUCAAUCAGCCAAACCUGCUUGAAUUAUGGAAUGAACUGAAAUGAACAUAAGCGUUUCCCAAAGUUAGGUGUCAGCAGUAUGAUUUGAUUAAAAUGAGGUUUAUUUAGUGAUGUUUGAAAGUGCCUUUAGAGGUUGCACAUAAAUAUUUAUAUUUUUUUUUAUGCUUGUUGUCUCCAGUCUUUUAAAAAAAUUGCUUUUAAAAAUGCAACAUGAUUUAAUUUUGAACAUACACCUUUAAAAUAGUAGUACAAUUGAAAGAAUUCAUUUUUUGAAAAUCUUUUCUCAGUUGCGUGAAUCUCACAUGAAAUAUUUCAAAAUACUUAAUUUUUUUCCCAUGGCAACACCAUCAUGUUUAUAAAAUAGAUUUACUGUAGUUACAAGACUUAAUGGAGACUGUAUAAUUAUAUGCAAAUCCUAUACUUAUAAUAAUUGAUUUUUUUUGGUCUGUCACUAGAUCAAUCCAUUCUAAUAACCAACUGUUGUUAGAAUGUGUGUAAUUUUUGUUCGUCAUAAUUUUUAAUCUUAAAAGGGUUAAUAUAAUAUUAUUAGUUGGCCUUUUUAUUUCUCCCAAACCAUUCACAGUACUUUCUCACAUCCUAAAUGUCUUUAAAAAUUUGGUAUUGUUUAUUGAAUAGCUCCACCUGUCUGGUCUUGUCUUACAAAGCCCCUCAAAAAAUAGAUGUUUACAUCCUUUGCACAACCAGGUAUAUUAACAAGAAAAUGAAGAUGUACCAAUUCAAGACUGGUGCUUCCCAUUUCAUGCAUUAUUGGCACUUAUUUUCUUACAAUUGCUUGAUAAUGUUUUGGAUUUUGUUAGAAUCCAUUUUUCUAGUAUUUAUCUAAAAUUAAAUAGCAUAUGAAUAUUGUUAUUUAUGAGAUUUUUUACAAUUCUGUAGUAAAACUUGACUCAUUGUUUGAUUGUUGUCUAGUUAUUUAAUCAUUAUGACUAUUAUUUAUAAUAAAAGUAUUUUGAGUUUUUAA